AUGGGUUCUCCUAUUUUUCUUAUAAUCGCCAAUAUCUUCAUGGAGCUUUUUGAGAAAGAGGUCCUCAGAAAAACAUCCAAAAAACCAAAAGUUUUGUUUCGUUAUAUAGACGACACAUUCGUGAUGUGGAGACACAGCAGAGCCGAACUCCAUAAAUUCCUUAUUUUCCUCAAUAAUCAACAUUUAAACUUCACUAUAAACAUAGAGGAAAACGGAAAACUCUCCUUCUUAGCUGUUCUUGUCUCUGAGAAAGCUGAUGGUACCUUAGGCCAUCAAGUGUACAGAAAACAACACACACAGAUAGAUACCUACUAUGGUGGUGCCGAGUCGCAUCAUCACCAGCACAAAAACAAUCUGCAAUCAAUUCACUUGUACAUAGAGCUUUCACCAUCUCUGACAAAAAAUAUCUACAGACAGAACUCAACCACCUAA